UUAUAAGAACUUUGGAAACAACUUUGAUGCCUCUGUGAAAGAUUUAAGAGGUCCAGAGAAAAGGAAGUAUAAAUAUGAUUCAUAUGGUAUAUAAGGCAAUAAACUAAAGAAUAUUCAUAAGCCAAUGCGCCAUGUAUUGGAGAAGAUACAAGAUAUUGAUACCACUGGGACGUUCGCAACCAAGAUGGAUUGAGGAACUCGAUGUAUUGCCCCACUAAGCUAGAUGAAAGUUUACGUCUCCCUUGCUAAUAUCGCUUACUUCCACCCCCGCGAUCUGCUAUCGGAAUCCGAUGGUUCCCGCUCUAAGGGAGCUAGGCAUCUUUGAGGUACAAUUGUUUUCAGCCAUACACUAUACCGUCAUCUGACGCCGUUAACUGAUAAUAUCCUUAUUAGGGUAUGUAAUCUGUUUGGGUUAAUGAUCGCCAAAGACAAAAGAGCGCCGGAAUAAAAUACGGCUCAAUCUUUUAAAGGGUUAAACGCAUGCAUGGACGAUCAGAAUUCAUUGUAAAAUAAUAAUAUGUUCUAGAGUCGAUAAAACCUGGACCGGCUAACUUACUAAAGAUAUUAGGAAUCUAUAUAUUUCUCCCAAGUGUAUACUUUGAUUUUGCGGUCAAUCGACCGUUAAUUGGAGUUCAUGCAGACCAUUGUUUAAAACACUUUCCGAAGUGGGUACGAAUGGUCUAUAUCAAAAUUGUUCUCGAUGUCUGAGAAAAAGAUUGCAUGCAAUUCUUAGUUAGGGAAGUCGUUACAUAUAACUGGAUUUUAUACAAGCCGGUGAAAGAACUGAGAUAUCAUUGAGGGAUUAGCUGGAGUGAGUGCCCUGUAUUGAUUGAGUUCAUAAGAUCAGGCCAUGUGUAAUGCGUUUCCGUAUAUUGGUCUCCUUUAGUAUCAUUGGACAUAUCUUUCAAAAAUGCGAAGGGCAAAGACAAGCAUUCCAGCUAGACGAAAUCGGCCCCCAGACCCACCCAGACGACAGAAAUCGGCAAUGACGUCAUGGAUGGAUGACGACAAUUUGAGUCUGAGUUUUAAUUCUAAUGCUGCGCAGACGACUCGGUCCAAGGACCAUGAUGGACCUACCCUGGACCAAGUUCUCAAAACCGUUUUGACACAACAACGUCAGGACAUCUUGAAUAAGAGACAAGAAGUCUUCGGCACUGCUAGAUAUGUUGCAGAGCGCAUGCUCCUUCUGACGAACAGUCUACAUUCUCUGUUCCGGCGCUAUAUCCGGACCACGAAGAGCGGGAAAGUGGACAUUUUGGACUUCCGGGCUAUUGAUCCUUGUGUGUUUCAGUGCUGUGUGGCAUUGAAACGCCCUGUGAGACCGCAAACUUUUAUGUUUCGCCACAAGAGACCACGCGAAUAUCCAAGCCAUAGAAUGUUACUUUGUAUAAAUGACACAAUUCCAAAAGUGGAGCGGAUCCAGGUUCAGCACGAAUGGGGGCAUUGUGUUGAUAGACAUGGUGUUAUAAGACCAGACUUUGUUCUUCGAUGGUUUAAUAAAGGUCUUGAAAUGGCACGGGAGGCUGUUAUGAGUGAAAUCGUUUACAUGUUCGAUCAACCUGGCCCUGUAACCUUUGACCUUUGUUCUUAUACAUCUCCAAAGGAUGGCACACUGUGGUUGGAAGUUGCGGAACUCUUUGACGCAACACCCACAAAGGAAUUCAGAAUCAAUUUCAUCCCAUGCGUACCUCUUCAAGAAAUCCCUAAACAGUUAUCGCUACCUAUCCCGAUUCCUAAUCGCAGACCUUACGGUGAGACGAAUUCUGAAAUGCGUUGCACCAUUAAUAAGGCUAUAGAUAGAGGAGUUGAACUUUUUCUGCUAGAAGCAAGGAUGUUCAAAUGGGAUCUAAAAACGAAAUUCGAUCCCAGUAUUGCUGUUUCGUGGCAGGUUGGAUCGGGACCAUUAGAAGAUCGUGCUUAUAAAAUUAUUUCAGGAAUGAACACAGGAGCGCAUUUCGACAAUAUAAUUCUCAUCAUAGGCAAAAUGAAACGAGAAAACCAGGAGGCAUUUAUAUCUAUAUCGUACCGAAUGAUAAUUCACGCCAUUUUACAUGUUCACAGACGUUGCAUGGGCUACAUUCACAAAUGUGAGGAAUGGUUGCUUGCCGUCUUAGAGUUUCUCUUGUCAGAACUUCGGAAUAGAUCUGCGCCGUCUUUCUUUCUGAACAAACUUGACCUUCUACACGACCAUGAUCGAAAGACGUUAGAAAAAACCGAGAAGGCCCUGAGGAUCAUUAUACGUGACCUAAGGUCAAACCCCGAGGCUCUGUACAGGAUCGUAAAGUACGAGGAACCUAAAUCCGAGGACGAAGAAGAGGAAGAAGACGAGGUAAGCGAGGCUGAAGACGACGAAGAAGAUGACAACGAAGAGGACGACGACGAAUUUCCCGAAUCGUCAGACGGAAAGAGGUCUUUCGAGGAAGACUGUCAGUUUGAAAGUGAUACGUAUAUUACUGACGUAAAUCGAGCAGACGACUCGUUGGAAUCGGAAUCAGACGACAGAAGCUGGAUUCCAAACGACAGCCAUGAUGACAGUAACUUAGUAACGAGCGAUACUCUGUCUAAAGAGGGAGAAAUAGCGGUUGCGUAUGAAGACAGCGAUACAUCAGAGCCCUAUAAUGACGAGGACGUGUCUAAAAGAAGAGGAUAGGCGAAAUGGUCAAAUAAUGAACUGGAUACUUCUAGGCAACUGCUUAUAAUUACACGUGUACCGUAAAUAAGAGUGGAACAUCAAUUUUUUACUUGAUUAUAAAAUUGAUAUAGGCAAAAUUUCUUUGAAUUAAAAUAUUUUUUUAGAUCUAUAGACAGACAAUGGACUAUAUGCUUCUAGACAUCUAUUUGCACAAUACUAUAGUAUUCCAUCAAUGUUUGAAAUUAAA